AUGAUAUCACUACAAUCAAUUAUUAUUAUCACUCUAAUUAUAUCAGCAGUUAUCGAUGGAUGUGCGCCACCAGGAUUUAUCCCUAGUCAAGAUCCAACGUAUAUAGCUGCUCGAUGCUCAGAUUUAAUCUUGUAUCCAGUGAAAUCAGUUGAUCAAGAUGAUCAGUAUCGAUUUGAUUAUAGCGAUGUUGGUUUUGGUAAUACACAUAGUCUAGGUGCAACAGUUGCUAUAACAUGCACCGAAAAAGGACAAUCGGCUACGGUUGAAGGAUAUGAUCAGCAAAGGACAUCGAUAACAUCAUCAUCAACAUUAAUGGCAACAUGUACUAACGUUGGUGGUUCACAAUACACCUGGACAACAUUGGGAAGAAUGUUGCAAUUUGUGGAUUGUCGUUUUUAA